UACAGUCUACAAUGGCGAUGGACACUCGGCGCGCCGCGCAGUGGGGUAACAUUCAACAUAUGCGUGUGCGGUAGACAUAGAUCACGGGUGCGCUCGUACAGCUCGGCAUCCCGUCACACUCAGAGUCACACAGCCAUGUCGUGAGGCCGAGAGAGCAUCCACGUGACGUUCCAUCCAGAGGCCGGGGGAGAGGGGAUGAGGGCGCCGCCGCCCUCCCUUCUUCCUCUCCUGGUCGCCGCCGCCUUCCUGUCCCUCUCAAUCGCCACAGACAAGAUCGACCAGACAGCGUCCAUCGCCGGCAACCAGACGCUCGAGUCGGCCGGCGGGGUGUUCAGGCUCGGCUUCUUCGUCCCGCCCGGCAGCUCCGACGGCAGAGCCUACGUCGGCAUCUGGUACGCCGCCAUCCCGGAGCAGACGGUCGUGUGGGUCGCCAAUCGCCGGAACCCGGUCGUGAGACCUCCCGGCGUCCUCAGCCUCUCCGCCGAUGGCCGGCUUGUCAUCCUCGACGGUCGUAACGCCACCGUGUGGUCCUCCGACGACGCGGCCGGCUCGGGCGGCGUAGCCACCCGCGCCACCGCGCAGCUGCUCGACAACGGCAACCUGGUCGUGAGCCAUGGCGGGGAAAGUCAAAGUGGCUCGACGGGUCGGACCGGCUUGGCGUGGGAGAGCUUCGACUACCCGACGGACACGCUGCUCCCCGGCAUGAAGCUCGGGGUGGACGGCAGGAGCAGCAUCUCCAGGAACAUCACGUCGUGGCGCAGCCCGGCCGACCCCUCGCCGGGGGACUACACGUUCAAGCUCGUCAGCGGCGGCCUGCCGGAGUUCUUCCUCUUCCGGAACCUGUCCAAGACGUACGCGAGCGGGCCGUGGAACGGCGCGGCGCUCACCGGCGUGCCCAACCUCAAGUCCAGGGACUUCAUAUUCACGGUCCUGUCCAACCCCGACGAGACCUACUACACCUACUACGUCAGCGACCCGUCCGUGCUGUCGCGGUUCGUCCUCAACGGCACGACGGGGCAAGUGCAGCGCUUCUCGUGGCACCGUAGCGGCGGCGGCGGCGGCGGGUGGAGCAGCUUCUGGCACUUCCCGCUCGACCCGUGCGACAGCUACGCCAGGUGCGGGGCGUUCGGGUACUGCGACGUCGGCCAGUCCCCGUUGUGCAGCUGCCUGCCGGGGUUCCAGCCGCGGUGGCCGCAACGGUGGAGCCUCGGCGACGGCUCCGGCGGCUGCGUCAGAAGGACCAACCUGAGCUGCGGGGCCGGAGACGGGUUCUGGACAGUGAGCCGGAUGAAGCUGCCGGAGGCGACCAGCGCGACGGUGCACGCCGGCAUGACCUUGGACCGGUGCAGGCAGCUGUGCCUCGGCAACUGCAGCUGCGGGGCGUACGCCGCGGCGGACGUCAGCGGGGGCAUCAACCGCGGGUGCGUCGUCUGGGCCGUGGAUCUCAUCGACAUGCGGCAGUACCCGGAGGUCGUGCAGGAUGUGUACAUCCGCCUCGCGCAGUCCGAGGUCGAUGCCUUGACCGCUGCAGCUAACCGGCGACGAAGCCAUGUCGUGCUUGUGAUCGCCGUCGUCGCGAGUAUCUCCGGCGUGCUUCUUCUUGGAGCCUUUGCCUUUUGCUGUCUCUGUUUCUGGAGAAACAGGGCGGCUGCUGAAACGGCGGCGGCCGGCGGCGCUCGGGACGACGACGUGCUUCGAUUACGGGCCAAGAAACACCCACGAGAUGAUCGGCGGUUCUCCGAUGAGAACAAGAUGAGCGGCGAGGAAGAUGAUCUUGACCUCCGGUUGUUCGAUCUGGCGGUGAUCCUGGCGGCCACGGACAACUUCGCCGCCGACAGUAAGAUUGGACAAGGUGGAUUUGGCCCUGUCUAUCUGGGAAGGCUUGAGAAUGGGCAGGAAGUGGCUGUCAAGAGGCUGUCGAGGAAAUCAGCACAGGGGGUGGAGGAAUUCAAGAACGAGGUGAAGCUCAUAGCCAAGCUCCAGCACCGGAAUCUCGUGAGGCUGCUCGGCUGCUGCACCGACGGCGACGAGAGGAUGCUCGUCUACGAAUUCAUGCACAACAACAGCCUCGACACCUUCAUAUUUGGUGGUCAGAUCGUCUUUGCAUCUUCUUCAUGCCACAUUUUGAAUGGAGAAAAACGCAAGUUACUAAGAUGGAACACACGCUUCGAGAUCAUCACAGGAAUUGCACGGGGCCUGCUCUACCUCCACGAGGAUUCAAGGCUCAGGAUCAUCCAUAGGGAUAUGAAGGCAAGCAACGUGCUAUUGGACAGAAACAUGAUCCCUAAAAUCUCAGACUUCGGCAUCGCAAGGAUGUUCGGUGGUGAUCAGACAACCGCAUACACCUUGAAAGUCAUCGGGACAUACGGCUACAUGUCGCCGGAGUAUGCCAUGGAUGGCGUGUUCUCCAUGAAAUCUGAUAUCUACAGCUUCGGUGUCAUGGUGCUAGAGAUCGUCACCGGCAAGAAGAACCGAGGCUUUUAUGAUGCCGAGCUUGAUCUAAACCUCCUCGGCGUGGACGUUGUGGAAGGAAGGCAGAAGUACUGAACUGCUUGAUGAGGCGAUGAUGGGCAGUAGCUGCGAUCACAGCCAGGUGCGGAGAUGCAUACAAGUUGCUCUCUUGUGUGUUGACAUGAAUCCUAGGAAUAGGCCACUCAUGUCUUCAAUUGCCAUGAUGUUGGCCACCGAGAAUGCCACGCUGCCAGAGCCAAAUGAGCCUGGAGGAAACAUCGGAAAGAGCACGUCGGACGGAGAAUUAUCCCAAACUCAAAGUGAGUUGACCGUAACUGUAACGGAUACUCGGUAGUUUGGGUGGACUGGUUGAGAUGGAGCGGAAGAGGGCAUACUUUUGUGUGUGAAGCAUACAUAUCUAAUUGUGGGUUUCCGAUCA